AUGGCGGAGGACAGUCGCCGUGGAUGGGAGGAGGACGAACGCGUCCCGGGAGCUCCUCAUCAAAACUUCGUGAUCAUGGAGGCGCUCGCGGAGAAGCUGAAAAUCUUAAACUGCGACCAGGACCUGUUGGAAAAACACAACAUGAAGCCCCUCUCCAGGCAUUACUUUGUGUCCAACCCUUACCUGGCGGCCAACCCGGGCGAGCAGUUUUACGUGUUCACCGUCAUGGCCGCCUGGCUCAUCAACAGCGCGGGCAGAAGCUUCACCAAACCUCGGGAGGAUGACGAGCCCGCCGCGACCGUAGCCAACAUCCUGGCCGAGCUCAGGGCGCUCGGUGUGAGGGUGGACUUCCCACCGUCCAAGCUGAAGUCCGGUUCGGGCGAGCAUGUGUGCUUCGUCUUGAACAUGCUGGCGGAACACGCACUCAGGAGGCGGGGAUUCUCCUUUCAAAAGCCCAACUACCCCACCGAAAGCACUGAAGAAGAAUCGUUGAUAGACGACCACGCGGAACCCGUACUCGAUAAUGUGGACCGCGUCGCCGAGGAGGACGAGGACGAUGAGGAGAACCUGGUGGACUUGGAGGCGCUGACCCUGCAGAGCACACGUCAAGAGGCGACGCCAAGCAAACCCGGCGAGAUCCUGAGCUCGGCGCUGGAUGUGGCCGAGUGGAACCUGGAGGUAGAAAGGGUCCUCCCCCUCCUUAAAGUCACCAUCAGGACCGACAACAAGGACUGGAGGAUCCACGUGGAGCAGAUGCACCGGCACCAGGGCGCCAUCAAGUCCUCGCUCCGUGAGGCUAAGGGCUACCUUGACAAGCUGGAGGAGGACAUCAGCAGGACGAUGGAGAAGGUGUCCAGUCGAGAGAAGUACCUGAACAAGCAGCUGGAAGGCGUCAUCGGCGAAUAUCGCGCUACCCAGGCCCAGCUCAGCGAGGUCAAGGAGCGCUACCGAGGCGCUAGCGGGGGCGUGGCCCAGAGGACACAACUCCUGGCCGAGCUGAGUGAAGAGUUGGAGAAGGUGAAGCAGGAGAUGGAGGAGCGAGGCAGUAGCAUGUCUGACGGAGCGGCGCUAGUAAAGAUCAAGCAAAGCGUCAGCAAGCUGAAGCAGGAAAUCAUGAGCACGGAUGUGCGUGCCGGCGUGGUAGCCCACAUGCUGCUGCACGCCAAACUAAAGCGCAAGUCCGACAUGAGCUUCCGCAUGCACGCCGCUGCUUGAGCGUGCAUGCACGGACGUUAUGUUGUGGGGAGACCUUGUUUGUAACGCAAUAAAAAAUCUCUCUUGAACCAAAA